GGGAUUUUUCCCUGAGCAACGAGCCUCGCGGACAGGUCUCGAGAGACGCCAAAGGGGCGUGUUUGGUACGUUAGGGCAUGGUCCCAACAGAGACUGCAUGUCGUCGGCGGCAGGAUGGGAACAAACCAAUACUGUCCAGUGUAACAGGGGUGUUGCGGCAUGCGCUCAUCGAGCUGGAUCCUGAGGGUGCAGAGCCCGUGUCCAAUCCCGUCACGAUGCAUGCAGCACGAUGGAGCAUUUGCGCAUGCAUUUGCACGUGUCGGUGACGGAUGAGAGCCCCUCCACGGUGCGGUAUCCAGCUUGUAAAUCAGUCCCGUGGUGUGUGUGUCUGGUAAGAGUCAUCUCGUCCAGGCCGCUCUGGAACAAACGCAUUUAUGCCCAGCGAGCCCACGACAGUGGUCCUGGUGGCGUGGUAACACAAGUCAGGGCCGCAUCGCCGGUGACCGCCGCCCGUUUGUUGUUGUGUUGUCGAAGGGAGAGAAGAAGAAAAACACACAUAUCCCAGGAUUCCUAUGGGCUGCGAAGGGGGUCAAGGGCCACGGGCUGCAGAUGCGUUAUCUGCACGUCGGGAGCCAAACCGACAUGUCCCGUCCCCCGUCACACCUCGACCAGACCUUGGUUGGAAAGGACCAAUUUUUCGGUGUGCGGGAUCCUGGGUCGCACAGAUGCAGUUCCCCUUGCUGGUCCUGCUGGGCCGCAGCCAAUGGCGUCGACUGGGGGCGUUCUCACAUAGACAAGGGGGUUAGCAGCCCUUGAUUUGCCAU